AUGCGACGGGAAAAGGCGAGGUAACCCGAUUGCCCGCCGAAUUAGAAAAAUACAAAUUGGAUUUUUUAAAUAUAUUGUUUUUAGGUGUUUAUUUGAGUGAAGAUCACUAGAACGAAUUAAUGGCUUGUAAAACCCCACGCAAAAUAACAAAACUAUACAAAAUAGACAAGAUAACUUCUAAAAUAUCAACACGCUGGAAGAUUAAGGCAACUGUGAGAAUACAAACAGACACAGAGGAAAAGAAAAGUUGGAGAAACAAAAAUGGGGAGGGUCAGAGAUUUGCAGUGAUUUUUCAAGAUGAUUCAGGGGAAAUAAGAGGAGUGGCCUUUGGCAAAAUUGCUGAAGAAUUAGAGUCAGAAUUUGAAAACAAUAAGGAGUACUACAUUACUGGUAUUGGUGCAGAUAUAAAUGUGGCCAACAAGGACUACAAAAAGUACCACAAGAAGUACGAGUUUAAGUUUCAGCGCAAACCCCUAAUUGAGCCAGUUGAUGUUCCUUCCCAGUCCCAAGACAGUGGCAUUAGUGACACAGCUAGUUCAAGUAGAAGCAGUCACACAGCUAGUUCAAGUAGUAGCAGUCACACAGCUAGUUUAAGUGGUAGUAGUCAAUGGAGCACAGGAAGCGCUGUGAGAAAACCUGUUCAUUUUGAUCCAGUGAAUGUCAAAGAAAUUCAUGGAAAACCCAAGCCCUCGAAUCAAUUUGACAUAUUGGGCGUGGUAAAGAAACUGUCCAAAGCAGAUUUCAGAUAUGAUGAUGAGGAAAAGUUUUAUGUGAAAGAUAUUGACCUGAUGGACUCGACAGGGGAAGUAACUAUUGGAAUAACAACAAAAAAACAGAAAGAUUUAGACUUCCUAAAAGGGGUGAAUGACCAGAUCAUUGGAGUAAUAGGAUGUGUCUGGAAAGUGUACGGCAAAAAAGCAGUUUUAACUGCAGACAAAGAUCAUAUAUACCUAGAGAGCCAAGUGCCAGAAUCUGCAAAAUCACAAAUGGAGAAGUUGAAGGAGUGGCACAAAUCAAAGUCAAAAAAAGCAUCCAUAACUCCUAAAGACAAAGAAAGAAAAGAACCAAGUGCUGACACCUGCAGUGUCUCACCAGUCAAUCUUGAUGCCAAGCAGCAAAACGGGUCAUCUAGUCCAGAAUCAGGUACAGAAGCAACCACUCAUGAGACAAGGGGCGUCAAAAGGUCACAUGAGGAGAAGGAAAAUGGUUCAUCAGACUGUAAAUGUCCUCAUAACUCAGAAGAUGAAAUACGGAAGUGGAAUUUUAAGAUGUUUAAAAAACUGACAAAAAUUGGUAGAGAUGCUCUUCAAAUCUAUUUUGACUCAGUGAUUUUUCCACAAAACCUAGAGCAAUUCUUAAUAGACAAUAAACCUACUAUGGAAUAUGGUCAACACAAAAUGAGUCCAGAGCAGAUGCAAGUACUAUUUCCAGGUGAUUCAGUUGACGAUAAUCAGCUGAUGACUGCACAGGUGUAUCACGUUUGUUAA